CAACACUUCCGAUGUUGGAGGAAGUGAGGUCAAUGCUUGUUGUUGCUUGUUGUUUUAGUUUUUUGUCUGGAAACAUACUAGCUCAUGCAAUAACCUCUGAGGAUCAUGACCCAUUCAAGAGUUUCCUGUGCUUGCUCACGCAAGGAAAAGGAACCCAAGUGCUUGUUGUGCAACAGGAGCUGUUCGACUUCUCGACACCUGUUUCAAUGAAAUGUGGAAGCUCCUGCUGCCAGCUGGCAUGUAAUGAAAAAACAAAUAUUAACCACAGGAGUUUUGUAACAAGUUUGUGCAACUUUUUCUGAAACACAGCGGACUUGUGCAAAAGGAAACCAAUGAUUCAAACUAGCAAACAACUGUUUCAGGCAAAUUUGUUGUCAGUGACUACAAUUACACUGCAGGCCAAAGUGGCCCAAAUGGGAUUUUUUCGAAAUCUGAUUUUUUCUAGCUGAGUGUUUGCACUGCAAGUAAAUGUGAUCUUUAUCAGACUCCAGUGUAAACGUACACUAGCCCCAAAGUGGCCUCGACGUUCCUUGCAUGCGCAGUUCAAUAAAGUGAAAACAAAGGAAGUUGACCGGGUUCCGUGAAUGAAUAAAGAAGUCGCUACUACUCCUAUAAAAUGAAAUGUCCCCCCUGCUGAGCAGGAGAAGCUCUUCAUCCAGAAGCUGCGGCAGUGCUGCGUCCUCUUCGACUUUGUCUCGGACCCAUUGAGCGACCUGAAAUGGAAAGAGGUGAAGAGGGCGGCGCUGAGCGAGAUGGUGGAGUACAUCACCCACAACAGGAAUGUCAUCACCGAGCCCAUCUACCCCGAAGUGGUUCACAUGUUUUCCAUCAAUAUGUUCAGAACGUUGCCGCCAUCAUCCAACCCGACAGGCGCCGAGUUCGACCCCGAGGAAGAUGAGCCCAAUCUGGAGGCUGCAUGGCCGCAUCUACAGCUUGUCUAUGAAUUUUUUCUACGCUUCUUAGAGUCCACAGACUUUCAACCUAACGUAGCCAAAAAGUAUAUUGACCAGAAGUUUGUAAUGCAGCUCUUAGAAUUGUUUGACAGUGAAGACCCCAGAGAAAGGGACUUUUUAAAGACGACUCUGCAUCGCAUCUAUGGCAAGUUUCUGGGCCUGCGAGCGUACAUUAGGAAGCAAAUUAAUAACAUAUUUUAUAGGUUCAUUUAUGAGACAGAACAUCAUAAUGGAAUUGCAGAAUUACUGGAAAUAUUAGGCAGUAUAAUCAAUGGAUUUGCUUUACCUUUGAAAGAAGAACACAAAAUAUUCCUUCUCAAAGUUUUGCUGCCAUUGCACAAAGUCAAGUCGUUGAGUGUUUACCACCCGCAGCUGGCCUACUGUGUGGUACAGUUCCUGGAGAAGGACAGCACGCUCACUGAACCGACAGUGAUGGCUUUGUUAAAGUACUGGCCAAAGACCCACAGCCCCAAAGAAGUGAUGUUCCUCAAUGAGCUUGAGGAGAUCCUGGACGUCAUUGAGCCGUCUGAGUUUGUCAAAGUAAUGGAGCCCCUCUUCAGGCAGCUGGCCAAAUGCGUGUCCAGCCCGCACUUUCAGGUGGCCGAGCGGGCGCUGUACUACUGGAACAACGAGUACAUCAUGAGCCUGAUCAGCGACAAUGCCGUCAAGAUCCUGCCCAUCAUGUUCCCCGCCCUGUACCGCAACUCCAAGACCCACUGGAACAAGACUAUUCAUGGCUUAAUUUACAACGCGCUGAAGCUCUUCAUGGAGAUGAACCAGAAACUCUUUGACGACUGCACGCAACAGUUCAGGGCGGAGAAAAGCAAAGAGAAAGCCAAAUGGAAGGAGCGAGAAGAAGCGUGGCUCAAGAUUGACAAUCUUGCCAAGUCCAACACACAGUUUCUGAUGUACACUAACCCGACGGGCUCAGGCCAUUCGACGGACAUGGAGACAGACGGGCCGCUGCUCGACGAUGUCAGCCUGCUGGAAAGGAGGAUAACAGAGGAGGCUACACAGUUGCAGAAAGACCAGCGACGGGAGCGUCCGUUGAUGCGGAGGAAAUCUGAGCUGCCUAAGGACAUCUCCACGGUCACGGCCUUGGAGCUUCAUCGGAGAGCUGAGGAGAUGUUGACCACACACGAUGGCCACUAACUGGCCGAACUGCAGCAUCACAAGACCUGCCACCAUCUUGACCCAGCCCAGCACAACACAUCAGAAACCCUCUCACCUUCCACCUCCUUACCUAACACAAAGAUGUUUCUCGAACAUGGCGACUUGACCUGGAACAGAGUGGCGCUGGGUCCUUGCACAUCAAAUUCUGUUUAUUUUUGUUCCUCUUCCUCCUCCCAUCUUCUCUGCCAUCCUUGUUUUUUGUUUCCAGCAGAGCUCUGGUUUUCAGGGUGCUGUGCUGCCACCUUCUGGUCAUUUCUCUCAGGUGUUUUGUUCCUUGUGUGUCUACCGAGAUGUCAGGUGCUUUUGCCAAAAACCCCAACCCCCAAAAAACAAGCCCCAUCCCGUCUCCAGAUGACAUGUCCAGUUUAAAGCAAUAUUUUUUUUUUUUUUACAUAAUAUAUGUUGAUUUUAAACGUUUAGUCCUUAAUAGUUAGACUACAGUAUCUGACAAAUGUGAGUCCCACUUCACAUUUCAUGAACUAUUAUAUUUCACCCGGAAUAAAUACUGUAUACAUAAAUAUACUUUAGAGUAGUCCAUGUACAGCUCGUGUAGCAACAUAUGAGCAUUAUUGUUUAAAUAUUUGGCAACAAUUGAAUUCACCAAUUUAAUUUCAACACAACAAUCUACACAAUUCAAACAAUGAUAUCCAAUAUUUUCAACUACAAAAUAAUUACAAUAGUAAUAUUAAAGGCAAAACUAAAGGAAACAUGGUCUUUUUUUAAAAUUGUCCUGCCACAUCACUCAGAUAAUAUGAUUAUUAAAUCAAUGCAAUAUUUAAUCACCUAAUACUUGAUAGUGUUAAGUGUAUUAAUACAUGUUUUUAAUGUAUUUAAUAAACCACAACUCCCCCAGUGUUGGCAAUGUUAAUGUAGCUCUAAAACAACGGCCCUGUCAUCUCCCAUGUUCAACUGUAUGUAAGACACUUAUCACCUUGCGAUUUUUGUUGGAAAUCUCUGUUCCACCUGAGUGAACCACAUCUUCCCACGGCAUCACUCGUGCACACUACCACUGCCACACUUGGAUGUUGGCAAGACAUAAUUAUCUUGCUACUUGCUUGUCCAACUAACUAACCGUGACAAUACACCCUCAGGUAGCACUCAUGCAUCCCCAAACCCUGAUGCUCCCACCACCCUGCUACACAGCCGGUGGGACACAAUUAUAUUGCUGCUCACUUGUGUUGAAAUUCUUGUUUCUCCACAAUGAACCACAGCUCCUCAAGUGCCGCAGCACUUGUGCACGCUACCACCGACAUUUGCUACUCACAUUUGUUGCUAUUUAGACAAUGAUUGACUCACAUUUAUGGAAAAUGCCUAUAUUCUGCUAAAUAAGCUGUACAGUGACUACUCUAAAGUAAAUUUUUGUCCCUUAAGAUGAUGUAAUCAAAUGGUUGCUGUAAUGUGAGUUGUGUAAACACUUUUGGGAUAUUCUGUUCGUCUUCGAUUGCUUACACAGCAUCCAGUACAAUCUGCCCAAGUGAGCAUCUGAGAGAUGCUGAAUGAGGGACUCUUCUCCAGCAGGACACCCGCGCCCCCAGCCCGCCCUCCCUUUUGCUUGUGUAUCGGUCAGCAGGGACGAGACUGCUUAACACAGGACGUAUGUUUGCUUCUAAAACGCCUUUUUAUCGCAGUGCCUUGGAGAAAAAAGAAGAAAAAAAAGAUCAGUGGGUAUGUUUACCGGACUAGCUGUAAAAAUGUUCCGGAAAUGAAAAAAAACCACACAACUUUCUUAAAACCCCCCAGCAACUUGAACUGACAAAGCACUUCCUGAUGAAACUUGAACAUAAAAAAAACUAAAACUUGUUAGAUCAAUCAAGCAACAAGCAACUUGUUGUUCCUCCUUUGACUCCAAGACCAUCCAGUUGCACACGUGCGCCCCUUUUACCUGAAUGUGCAAACUAAAUACAUCUCCUCCGUAUCUUUUCUCAUUUUCAUCAGUAUUGUUUUUGUUAGCCCAAACCUUAGCCCCUCCCUGCUGGUUGCUGUCACCCUGCCCCUCCCAAAAUGUUUUUUUGUAUAGAGGCUCUUAUUCAACAUAAACUUGUAUUUUAUUUCUAGACAAACAAAAAGAUUGUUUCUAGUGUCCUUUAGUAUACAUAUAAUACUAAACGGCUGAUGAAAUGUUGUACAUAUACUUUAUUUUACCUUAUUAAUAAAUGUUUAGAGGUCAUAUUUUGUAACAAGAACAAUGCAUUCUCCCUCCUGUUUACAGAACACACAGGAAAUAGUAAACAUUUAUAAGUUG